AUGAUGGAAGAGAUCCAAAUGGGAAUGUCCACUGGGCAAUUAUGGAUAUGGAAAUUAGAGCUCAGAUGAGAGAAAAUAAAGAUUUGGAAGACAAGGUCAAGAUUUGGAAGCAUUAGUAUGAAGGCCACAAUUGAAGCCAUGGAAAUGGAUAAGUUCUUUAAUGAAAUUCCAUUUUUAAUUUGAAAGAAAAACUACUUCUACUUGAGAGAGAAAAGAAAAGUGAGAAAACCACAUGGAAGACUCACAGGAUUUAAACGAACAAUCUGUAAAGAAAACGUGCACAGAAACAGAUGUUUCAGAGCCUCAGAAUUCCAGGUCUAUGGAAAUGCAGGACCUAACAAGUCCUCAUACUCUUGUUGGAAGUAGUGAUACUCCUGGUAGCUCCAAACUGGAUAAAUCUAAUCUCAGCAACACAUCAGUUACAACCAAUGGGACAGGAGGAGACACCAUGACUGUUUUAAAUACUGCAGACUGGUUGCUGAGUUGUAACACUCCUUCUUCUGCAACAAUGUCUCUUCUUGCAGUCAAAACAGAGCCCAUGAACAACAAUGAAACAACCACAACAACUGGAGAUGGGCUUGACACUUUUACUGGGUCAGUAAUAACAAGUAGUGGCUACAGUCCCAGAUCAACACAUCAGUAUUCCCCACAAUUGUAUCCCUCCAAGCCCUAUCCACACAUUCUUUCUACACCAGCAGCUCAAACAAUGUCUGCCUAUGCGGGACAGACUCAGUAUUCAGGAAUGCAGCAGCCAGCAGUGUACACAGCCUACUCACAGACAGGACAACCUUACAGCUUACCCACUUACGAUUUAGGUGUGAUGUUACCAGGAAUCAAGACAGAAAGUGGACUUUCACAGACUCAGUCACCACUACAGACGGGGUGCCUCAGUUACAGCCCAGGGUUUUCUACCCCGCAGCCAGGCCAAACACCCUAUUCUUAUCAAAUGCCAGGUUCUAGUUUUGCACCAUCAUCUACUAUUUAUGCAAAUAAUUCUGUUUCCAAUUCAACGAAUUUCAGUAGCUCACAGCAGGAUUAUCCAUCCUAUACAGCCUUUGGCCAAAACCAAUAUGCACAGUAUUAUUCAGCAUCAACAUAUGGAGCAUACAUGACUUCAAAUAACACAACUGAUGGCACAUCUUCAUCCUCAUCAACCUAUCAGUUGCAGGAAUCUCUCCCUGGACUGACUAGUCAACCAGGAGAUUUUGAUACAGUGCAAAGCCCCUCCACUCCCAUCAAAGACCUUGAUGAGAGAACAUGUAGGAGUUCUGGGUCAAAGUCCCGAGGAAGAGGCCGGAAGAAUAAUCCAUCACCUCCGCCAGACAGUGACUUGGAGCGUGUAUUUGUCUGGGAUUUGGAUGAAACCAUCAUCGUUUUUCACUCACUGCUCACAGGGUCCUAUGCACAGAAGUAUGGCAAGGAUCCCCCAAUGGCAGUAACCCUCGGACUACGAAUGGAGGAAAUGAUUUUUAACCUUGCUGACACACAUUUAUUUUUCAAUGACUUAGAGGAGUGCGAUCAAGUUCAUAUAGAUGAUGUUUCUUCUGAUGAUAAUGGUCAAGACUUAAGUACCUACAGUUUUGCAACUGAUGGCUUCCAUGCAGCUGCAAGUAGUGCAAACCUUUGUUUGCCAACAGGUGUUAGAGGAGGGGUUGACUGGAUGAGGAAGCUGGCUUUUCGUUACAGAAGAGUAAAAGAAUUAUACAAUACCUACAAGAAUAAUGUAGGAGGACUCCUUGGCCCAGCUAAGAGAGAUGCAUGGCUGCAAUUAAGAGCAGAGAUUGAAGGCCUAACAGACUCGUGGCUAACAAAUGCACUUAAAUCCUUAUCAAUUAUUAGUACUAGGAGUAACUGCGUAAAUGUCUUGGUAACAACAACUCAGCUUAUCCCAGCACUUGCAAAAGUCCUACUAUAUAGUUUGGGCGGUGCUUUUCCUAUUGAAAAUAUUUACAGUGCAACUAAAAUAGGAAAAGAAAGCUGUUUUGAGCGUAUAGUGUCCAGAUUUGGCACUAACAUAACUUAUGUUGUGAUUGGAGAUGGCCGAGAUGAGGAGCAUGCCGCUAACCAGCACAACAUGCCCUUUUGGAGGAUAUCAAGUCAUUCAGACCUCUUGGCUCUACAUCAAGCAUUGGAACUAGAGUAUUUGUAAUUGUGUUCUAUUGCUGGAGAUCCAUUUAUUUUUUUUGUUGUUGUUUUUGUUGGGUUUUUUAUAUAUCUCAAGUACACUGAAUUUUUAUGUGUGAUUCAAUGCCUCUGGCUUUACACAUAUAAAUUGUCUUAAAGGAUGAAAUCAUAUUUGGAAUGAAAAUUCCAGAAGGAAGAAUUCAGAUUGCUGAAUGGAGUUAAAACUUUAGUUCUACAGAAAGGAAGCUCUAUGGUCUUAUUUGUGCAACACUUUAAUGAAUUAUGGAGGUUGCUGGUACACACCGAAUGAGCCCUAACUGGAGUUAAACAGCUUUAGCAAAGAACUUUUAUGUUGGCAAAGCAGCAACACACAUUUCCCAUCUGACAAAGUGGUGUUCAACAACAUUCCUCAAUAUGGGAUAUAUUCUCAACACUGAGGUUUGAAUCAGACUUUAGCCUCCCUAACCCAGAAAAUCUGAAUUGAAAUGCACUCAGACUGUAUAAUGACAAUUCUGUCUAGACCUGUAAUUUGUGUAAAUUAUUGAUGAAAAUAAUUUACUGUGACUUUAUUAGCAGCUGACUUUGGAAUGGAUGCAAUUUUUUUCUUUCUUUUUUGGGGGGGGUGGGGGAAGGGAGGGAGAAAUGGGAAUAUAAUAUUGUCUCUUUUAUAAGUUUGGCAAACAGAAUGUGCAUACUGAUGUGCUGUGCCUUAAAGACAAGACAAGACAGUGUUUGUGUGUUAAGAUGUAUCUUUGGUUAAAAACUCUGUAGAUAAAGAAAAAAAAACUUUGUGAUAAUCCUUGACAUGACCAAAUUUCAAAUUCAAGUUAGCAGAGCUCAAGACUGAAUCAAAUAGUAAUUAAGUAUUUGUUGCAGUGAGGGAAGGGGGAGUGAAAAGGAAAGUUUGUGUUUUCAUGUGGAUUCCGAAUAAUUCCACUGAGCUUGAGGCAAAAUAAUAGCUCAUCCAAACAUAAGUAGAAAGUUUGGGGGAGAUUGCAAUGAUUUUGGGGACCUUUGCUUUGGAAGUAAAAUGGAUAUUUAAGUCUUGAGCAACCUAUCCAUAUUUUUGCAUGAGAAAACUGAGGGCCAUAUUCAUGGUUAUUUGCACUGUUUUGAGUUUGAAUUCUUUAGGGAUGUGUGUCAUGGAGGGAAAAACACCCUCAUGAAAACCAAUAUUUAUCAACUAGUAAUAGGUCUUCUGAUCCUGUUCAUGGAGUGAGCUGAAAUUGAAAAGAAAGAUAAAUUUGUAUUUCCCCUCCCCCAAAAUAAAUUGUUCUCCAAUAGUUUAAGUGAGAUAUAUGCCCCUAAUAAGAAACAUUCUCUAGGGAAAGUGAAACUGUGUGAGCUUUCCAUAGAGCAGUAUCAGAUAAAUGAAUAUGUCACACUGAUCUUGGCAAUGUUAUAGAAAUAAUAUUUUAUUAGAGUCAACCCUGUUCUUAUUUUGUUUUCAUUUAUCUUCUGACUUUUGAAGGCUUGUAUGUUACCUUUUUCUAUCUCUUAUCAGUGUUGUAACAGUACAAAGAGAAUCCCCGUCACUUAUGCCUGUGUGCUUUCUUCUUUUUCAUGAGUGACCCAGGUUGGUAAUACAGUAGAGGUUCUCCUGUUUCUUUCUGCUAUUUCCCCCAAUAGUCCUUAUUUCAUAGUCCUAGAAAAUCAAAGUGUCUGGGUGAUUCUUAUACCCACAGCUUUCUGUUAAAGGUUUGUCCAAUGUCCAGUCACCUACAUCAUCCCACCCAACCAAUGGGAAGUCCAUGGCUUAUUAUUUAGUUUGAGAUUUAAUAGUGGCAGACUUUCAUGGCUUAGAGAAUGACAGCACCUGUUCUGUCUACCAAAAUAUAUAUUUUAGAAAUACACUUUUAAGUUUCUAGGCUGGAAAACUUGCCUUUGUCUACAACAGCCAAAGAGAGAAUGAAAUCACCAAGCCUUGUAUAAGACUGUCAAGCCAUUAUAAAACUUGAACUCAAGAUUUGAAUUCAGUGCUAUUUUUAUCCCUGGCACAUUAGCUCUUAUUAGAGCCAAGCUGAGGAAAUUUUAUACAAAUUCUUUGGAGACAGUUUAACAAAGUUAAACUAUUUUACUCAGUAUUUUAAGUCAACCAACUGAGCAUGUGAGACAUCUCAUGAACUGGCAUCUAGUUAUAAGAACAUUACACAAUUGGUUAGCAGACAUGCCUAAACUUGCAUUCUUCCCCAUACCAAGAAAGGAAUUCUAAUGUUGCCAAACUACGGGUUCAGAAAGGAAAGUCCUUUGGAAAGGCAAAGAAACCAAGAGCUCAUGGCACCUACAAUUUCAGGUUCAUAUGCAUCUUAUUCAUUGAAUCUGUGUUCAAAAUAGAUUGACAUCCACCACACCAAAGAUGAGGGUGACAACAAUCUGUUCAUCCAGUUAUACCCUAGGGCAACAAGUCACAGUCUGGUGAAUCAGACUUUCAAUGUGUUAUCAACUAUUAACUUUAUCUUUCUGAUUAUAGGCAAAGAAUACGUCCCAACCCUGAUAAACAGACACACACGUAUGAGUGCAUAUACACAGAAAUAUACACACAGGUCCCCUUUCUUUCUAAUCUUAGGAAAAAACAAUGUUGGCAGUUGCCACAUACUAUUUAAAUAUAGGAUAUUGUGCCUUAUUAUUAUGACUAUUUUGAAUGACAUUCUAUAAAUGAAGUGGGUUUUCAGCUACUGUACAAACAUGGAUUUUGUAUAGUACUAGAAAUAAUAACCAUGUUUUAGUGUUGCACCUGCAGAAUAUUAAUAGAGUAUAAUUUCAGUAACCAAAUAUAGGUGGUCAGUACCUUAGGAAAUGGAAGUAAGUUAAUCUACACCAGUAAAAUUCUAUAAAUCAAGGCCAGAGGUAACAUCUUUUAGAAACACAUGCAGUUUUACGCACAGAGAAAUAGGUGGCAAAUGUCACUCUGAAUUUGAUUAACUUAAUCUCUCCUAAAAUAAAUAUUCAAAAUAGCAGCCACGGCGUGUUCCCCUAUGAAUUUGCUUUCCUCUCAGUGCACUUGCUUAUGACAAACCUACAUUCUGAGUGAAUAUGGUUUUUUAGUCUCUCUAAGGGAAAACAAGCAUCGUGAGCCAAAGCUGCAUUUUGACUCCCAAUAAUAGAAGCCUUUUGGAAAUCAUAACUAAUCAAAAUUGAGGGACUCUGUCAUGCAUUAGCAAGGUAUAGUUUAUAUUGGGGCCUACAUAAUUUAAAGAAAUGUAAAUUAAUAUUAAAAGCUUGUAAAAAUAUGUACAUCUUUACUAUUUCUCAAUAAAUACAUUUGGAAAUGUUGUCAUUUUCUUCACCUU